CCCGUUAACUGUGGUUUGGCCAAAAGUUAGUUUUCUCCCUCGACCAAAUUGGGAAGAGAAGAACUGUAGCUCGAAAAUAUAGCUGGGAAUUUCCUUGUGGUGGAAAACAAUUUUCUUACCAUGGAAAUCAUCUGUUCAGCUGAGGAACUGUGGAAUUCAACAAAAACUGAAUUAAAUGGCUGCACCAAAAGUGUUGUGAUUCUUGCAGCGGCAAUUUGUAAUGUUAAUUAAACAAUGGCUACAAUCUGUUUGAUAGAAGUCUCAACUGAACUAUUUGUGAAUAUUACGGGGAAAUGAGUUAAAACGAAAAUCAACUUCCAAUUCAACAGUUUUCAAUUGAUCAGGUUUUGCUCCCACUUCUCUCUAGAUUUACAUGGUAACCAUGGACCUUUUCGGAAAGAAGGAAGGGAUCCCACCUGACAUACCAUCCCAAACUACCAAUCAAGACCCUACACAUCAGCAUACAUCAACCACUACCGACGACACAGGCCAAAAAACACACGGCCAACACACCGACAACCAAAAUCCAGCAGCAUCGGAUGUAUCGAAACACAUAGAUACCGAGUCCGACCAAUCCUCCGAUGGAACAAAUGAGAAAAUAAGUGAAAAUGUUUCUGCAGGACACCAUAGAUCCGGUUUAGCAGGAUUGAAAGUAUCUUCCAAUUUUGACAAACCAGAUAAGAACAAACAAACCAACCAGAAAGAUCCUAACCCGAAUAUCCCAAAUCCUAAUAAAAAAAUCAGCAAUCCAACAGAGACACAUCAUAUCCAACAGAAAACACAAACAAACCAACAUCAAAACCAACAAUUACAGAAAACCCAACUAAAUAUUCCAUCCAAACCUUCUUUUUCAGCUGUUGUUCACUCAAAUCUAGCAGCAGACCUUAAGGACAAAGCGCCAGUAGACAUCAAACAGGGCACACACCUGGGAAAGCCGGAAGUCUUUUUCAAUGCGCAAGAUUACUUUAUAAAUCUGGCUCAAGAGUGCAAACUGACAGUUAUUGGGAAGUUCUCAAAAGGUAAGCCAACAAUGGAGGAGAUUAGGAGAGAUUUUGUUCGAAGAUAUCAUCUGAAAGGUCCGGUGAAGAUUGCUUACUUUGAUCAUAGAUGGGAUGUGAUGUCAAGGAUCGUUGAAUCUGUAGGUACAGCUAUUGCUCCUGAUCAAGCUACGUAUUCCAAAACUAAUGGGAAUGUAGCUAAGCUUAAGGUAGAGAUUGAUCUAUUAAAGCCCAAACAAGAUCAGAUUUGGUUGGGAUUUAAUAAAUUAGAAGGGUCGGAAGAUGGAAUGUGGCUAGACAUCGAGUAUGAUGGGGUUCCAAGCUACUGUAAAUGUUGCUUGCUUCAAGGCCACAUGGAGGAUCAAUCUAGAGUGAAAAAAGAAAGGGAUGACAAGAAACUGAAUGGCGAAAAUGCGAACAAAGGAGGGGGAACACAAUCAGAGGAAAUGGUACAAGACAAAAGUAGUAACGUACGGAGGGAAGUAGGAGAGCCAAGUAAUUCAAAAGAUAGUAACCAAUGGGAACAACCAAAAAAGAAAAAGAGAAGCAGAAAUAAGAAUCAAGUAGAUAACCCUCAGGUACACAAGCAUAACAAAGGCAUUGUCAUUCAAGAACCAGAUCAUCAACAUCACUUGACAAGGGCUCCGGAGGUCCCAGGAAAAGGAAAAAUGGUGGAUGAAAGUGUGGAACAUCAAGAAAACAAAACAAAAAAGAAGGUGGUGACACAAAAGGAGAACCAGACCAAGCAACAUACUCAGGAGAAUGCAGAAAACAACCAAGACCAAAUGCAUCAAAAGGUAAAUAAAAUUAAAGGCAACAAAGGAGGACAAAAAGAUAAUACAGGCAAUCAAAAGCAACAAAACCCAAAAUACAACAAUGAGCUGGAUAACUAUACAAGAACACGUGGAGGGGCUCAACAUCAGGAGCUAUUCCAUGACUGUGCCCAGGACAAUGAAGACUCACAACAUGAAAAUUAGGUAUCCAGGAUAACUGAAU